CGCUGCUUCUCGCUUCUUGCCGCCAGUCCUGCUCCGGGGAGGCGAGCGAAGCUGGCGCGGACGGGGUUUCGGUAGUGUCGCAAGCCCGGGCGGGUUUCCCUCUGCCGGGCCCCUCUCUAUCCGCUCCGGCGAAGCGCGAGUAGCGUCCGCACCCCUUUCCGGAAAUUCCCGGGCGGAUUUUACAACGGGCUCUUUUCGAGGUCGAGGAUGGCGAUGAAGCUGAGCCGGCAGUUUACGAUAUUCGGCAGCGCGAUCUUCUGCGUGGUGAUCUUCUCCCUCUACCUGAUGUUGGAUCGGAGCCACUUGGACAACCCCAAGAAUCAACGCCGGGAAGGCUCCUUCCCCCAGGGUCAGCUUUCAAUACUGCAAGAGAAAAUAGACCACUUGGAACGGUUGCUGGCAGAAAACAAUGAAAUUAUUUCAAACAUAAGAGAUUCUGUGAUCAAUCUGAGUGAAUCUGUCAAAGAUGGACAACAUAAUCCAGAAGUGUUAAACUUUAAUCAAAGAAAUUUUUCAGAAGUAUUGCCUCUUGCCACUGCAUAUCUUUCAAUUGAGCCUGAAGAUUGUCAGUUUGCUUCAAAAAUUGGAAGUCAAGCUUCAGAUGUUCAAAUGCUGAAAGUCUAUGACAUUCUUCCUUUUGAUAAUCCAGAUGGUGGAGUUUGGAAGCAAGGGUUUGACAUCACUUAUGAUGAACAUGAGUGGGAUGAUAAACCUCUUCAAGUUUUUGUUGUACCUCAUUCACAUAAUGAUCCAGGUUGGCUGAAGACAUUUGAUGACUAUUUCAGAGAUCAGACACAACACAUUCUCAAUAACAUGGUUCUUAAACUUCAAGAAGAUAAAGGAAGGAAAUUUAUGUGGUCUGAAAUUUCUUAUUUUUCAAAGUGGUGGGAUGGAAUAGAUAGUCAGAAGAAGGAUGCUGUGAAAAGGUUAAUAGAAGAUGGCCAAUUUGAAAUUGUAACAGGAGGUUGGGUCAUGCCUGAUGAAGCUUCUGCUCAUUAUUUUGCUUUAAUUGACCAGUUGAUAGAAGGACACCAGUGGCUAGAGAAAGCUGUAGGAGUAAAGCCAAAAUCUGGUUGGGCAGUUGAUCCAUUUGGACAUUCACCAACUAUGACUUAUCUUCUAAAACGUGCUGGAUUUUCCAAUAUGCUAAUACAGAGAGUUCAUUAUUCAGUUAAAAAAUAUCUUGCAACCCAGAAGGCACUAGAAUUUUUUUGGAGACAGAAUUGGGAUUCGGGAUCUGAUACAGAUAUUCUCUGCCACAUGAUGCCUUUCUAUAGCUAUGAUGUUCCUCACACUUGUGGGCCAGAUCCUAAAAUCUGCUGCCAGUUUGAUUUUAAGCGACUUCCUGGGGGAAGAGUUAGUUGCCCCUGGAGAGUUCCGCCAGAAGCUAUUCAUUCCGGAAAUGUUCAGCACAGGGCUUGGAUGAUUUUAGAUCAAUACAGAAAGAAGUCAAAGCUUUUUCGUACCAAUAUUUUAUUGGCUCCACUAGGAGAUGAUUUUCGCUAUAGUGAAAGUUCGGAAUGGGAUCAGCAAUAUCAGAAUUAUCAGAAGUUGUUUGAUUAUAUGAAUUCUCAUCCAGAGUUCCAUGUCAAGGCUCAGUUUGGAACACUAUCAGAUUAUUUUGAGGCACUGCAUAAAGCUGGCAAAUUGGAUGGAAAGAGCGGUAAUUCAGUGUUCCCUGUUUUGAGUGGAGAUUUCUUCACCUAUGCAGACAGAGAUCAUCAUUAUUGGAGUGGAUAUUUUACAUCACGACCAUUCUACAAGCGCUUUGAUAGAAUUCUAGAAUCAUAUUUAAGAACUGCAGAAAUUCUAUAUUCUUUGGCUGUGGUACAAUCCAAAAAGUUUGAGAAAACAAAAAUGUUUCCUUCAGUAGACUAUUAUAGAUUGCUGACAGAGGCGAGAAGAAAUCUGGGACUUUUUCAGCAUCAUGAUGCUAUCACAGGAACUUCAAAAGAUUGGGUGGUUGUAGAUUAUGGCACAAGGCUUUUUCAUUCAUUAAUGAACUUGAAGGAGAUCAUCACGGAAUCUGCUCACAUUCUUACUCUGAAGGACAAAGAAAUGUAUAGCUACAAUGCAGCAACACCAUUCUUUACAAUGGAUAUUACUCAGUCCUCGCAAGACUCUUUGCUACAUAAGACUGUCAUACAGCUGGGAAAACAGCCAAGGCACCUUUUGAUUUAUAAUCCUGUGGAACAAGAACGUUCAUCAGUGGUUUCACUCUAUGUGAAUACACCUAGAGUUAAAGUACUCUCUCCAUCUGGAAAAGCAGUUGUGGUCCAACUUAGUGCAGUAUGGGAUGGAACAUCUAAAAUAUCACAUGAUGCAUACCAGAUCUCUUUCUUGGCUCAAUUACCUCCUUUGGGUUUUGGAGUUUAUGAGCUUCUGGAGGGACUGAAUUCAGAAACUGCACUUGCUGAUUAUAAUCUGUAUCAUAAUGAUAAAGCUAAGUUAGUCAAGCCAUACAGAAUAUUUACUGUUAAAGAGGUACAGAAUGCUUUGGAUGAGAUCAUGUUAGAGAACCAUUACAUGAAAAUCUGGUUCUCAGGGAAUUCCGGACUUGUUGAGAAAGUAAAUACAAAAGAAGAUAAUAAAAAUUAUCGGGUAAAGUUGGACUUUGCUUGGUAUGGAACUACCAGUAACAGAGAUAAAAGUGGAGCUUAUCUCUUCUUGCCAGAUGGAGAGGCCAAGCCUUAUGUUUUUUCCGAUCCACCUAUCAUACGAGUGACACAUGGGAUAAUUUUUUCUGAAGUUACUACUUUUUUCAGUCAUGUGACACACACUGUACGACUUUAUAAAGUUCAUGGAUUAGAAGGUCAGUCUCUUGAGAUAUCCAAUAUUGUGGACAUAAGAGGAGAAUACAAUCGUGAGAUUGCAAUGAGAAUUUCAUCGGAUACAGAAAGCCAUAACAAAUUUUAUACUGACCUCAAUGGUUAUCAGAUUCAGCCUAGACAGACAAUGAGUAAAUUGCCUCUUCAAGCAAAUUUUUAUCCAAUGAGUACAAUGGCUUAUAUACAAGAUAGCAAGAUUCGCUUGACCCUUCAUUCUGCUCAGUCUCUUGGUGUUGCAAGUUUAAAAAGUGGCCAGUUAGAGGUUAUCAUGGAUCGUCGACUUAUGCAAGAUGAUAAUAGAGGUUUAGGGCAAGGUGUACAGGACAACAAAAUAACAGCUAAUCUGUUUCGAGUUCUGCUGGAGAAAAGAAAUGAAGUAAAUAUGAAAGAAGAACAGUCACCUGUCAGCUACCCUUCUAUACUCAGUCACAUAACAUCAUCUUUUAUAAAUCAUCCUGUGAUUCCAAUGAUUACUUCUGCAGGCAGCUUUAGCCCUUCACUGUUGAAUACUUUUUCUCCUUUAAUUUCAUCUAUGCCAUGUGAUAUGCAUAUAGUUAACCUGAGGACAAUACAGUCAAAGACAGAUUCAGGGCCAUCUGAAGAAGCUGCCUUGAUUUUUCACAGAAAGGGUUUUGAUUGUAGAUUUGCAAACACAGACUUAGGGCUCCUUUGUUCCACCACUCAGGGAAAGUUAAGGGUGUACAAACUCUUUAACAAAUUCCAUGUGGAAAGUCUAAUACCUGCGUCCCUGUCUUUGAUGCAUUCAUCUCCAGAUGCCAGAAAUAUCAGUGAGAUUAAUAUGAAUCCUAUGGAAAUUAACACAUACAGAAUUCAAUUGAGAUGAAACCUGAUGUUUGGACUUGGAUACUAAAGAAGAAUAUACAAUUCUGUGUCUUCUCAAAGAUUGAUGUGCAAUAAAAAGCACAUUUUAAUUCCAGCUUCUAGAUACUGUGACAAUGCAUUCAUUUUAGAAUCUAUUUGAUCUUAAAUGCCAUAAAAGCCAUGAUGCAAACAGUUUUUCUUAUUCUCUAAUAAAAUGCCAACACCAGUAUACAUGAAUACAAAAACUGAGGGAGAAACAAAGGAUAUUAUCUCUCAUCAACAAAAUGAAUCUCAGGUUAAAUAUUAGCUUAUGAUUUCUAAGUUCAUAAUUUGUACCUGAAAGGGAGCUAACACUGAAUUUAAAUUGUUUUCUGAUCCCUAGCUGACUCUUAAAUAUAUACAUUGUUGAAAUCACAGUUUGAGAUUGAACCUGAAAAUUCUCUGGUGAAGCUAUUGUCCAAAUACUUGUAAAGACUUCUAUAAAUUAUUUCAGCUCAAGGAGUCUGCAUUUAUCCCACUCUAUCUAACUCUAGAGUGAAAUCCAAGAACCUUUGAAAAAUGUGGAAGAUUUUAAUAUUAGCCAACCAUCUUGAACUGUGGAACUUAAUUCUGGAAUUAUAAAUCUUUUUUGGAAAAUACGUUAAAUCUGUUCUGUUACUUGACACAUUGGGAUACGUGCAAUUACUCCAGAAUACAGAAUAAGGAAGAUGGAAGUCUGAGUACAAGUUUUUUUUACUGAAUACUUGGAUACUAAUGCUCUCUGAAUUGUGUUUUCUAUUUCAAUUUAACCUUAUCAAAAUAAAUGUGCCUUAUUUUUUGUAUAAGUGUUGUUACUUUUUAUGUGUCCAUACAAGAAACAGGACAAAGUGGAGUUAACAGUUAAAAGAAACUGUACCUUUUAUUUGACAGUAACAGCCACAUUCUGAUCUACUGCAGCCUAUGUGAUCUAAUGGUGCUCUGAACACUAUGAAUGUAGAAAAAUAAGCUUAUAAAACAAACACAUGAAUAAAAGAUUAAAAAUAAUCAUUUGCUGGCAAAUAAAUAUUUGAAGGCUGGCAGAAAUUUGUCAUGUGCAUUACAACAUCAUGUGCCUCUUUAAAAUACUGUUGUACAAACUCAGUAUUUAUGGUUAUGUAGCCAAUUUAGUUUCUUUGCAUCAAGCAUUUUUUGUUAAGUUCUUGAAGCCAUUUGGCUUUAACAUUUUCAUCUCUAAAGGUUUUUUUAAAGAAUUAUUUAAAGCUGUAGUCCUAUAAAACCAUUGAAAACAAUUGCAAUCUAGUACCUUCUGGGUAUUUUAGACUUCAGCUGCUGUCUAUCUCAUUGAAAAAAGAAAACAACAAGAGGUUGUGUGUGAAAGUUGUAGUCCAUAGUAUCUAAAGGAUAUCAGUUGGUAUCUUUUGCUGUAUGAACAUUAAGUCCUUCUGAGCUUAAUGGAUUUCAGUCAAGAAAUGUACUGUAUAAGCUUGCGCAAUAAAUUUAGUUCAGUACGAUUCCUUUUUUUUUUCUUUCAUUUUUUAACUUCCUUUAAAACAAAUAACUAGAGUAUUGCUUUCAGGUUCAUAUAUUUUGUAUUCUAUUCAACUUAUGUGUGUAUUAUUAAUUUAGCCACCGUUCCAAAUUUUUAGUGCAUAUAUCAUAUUCAGUGUUGAAGAUCCCCAUUAUAGUUUCUCUACUUCAGUUCUAGGAGAGUAUCAUCUGUGCUAUUAAAAAGUCAAAGAGCAUAAGGAACUGAAAAUAAAUUUAUGCAAUAAGUGUAUAUUUUUGAAUACUUUUAUUUAAAUGGAAUUUUAAGUGCAGAACCUUUCUGUCACUGUUACUUACAGUUGUCAUAGAACUAUACAUUUUACAAAUUGUCCCUCCCAAAAUUAUUCAGCAUAUUAUACCAAUAACCAUUUCAUAAGUGUUUAAGUUUUUACUAUAGAACAUCUUUAAUUUUUAUUUAUUUAUAGGCCACCCAAAGUUGUUUAGGAGUUGGAUCGCCUAUACAUUAAGUAAAAUAAGUAAAUGUUAAAUAGUAAAAUAAGCGCCAACCACAUAAUUAUAGUAUUACUUGAAUAAGCCUCUUUCCUAACCAAGUUCCUUCCAGAUAUUUAAAAGUUUUAGAUUCUUAACAGUCCUUGAUGUAUGGGGGUUCUAAGCUAGCGUAUAUGGAAGGCAUUGAAGUAGGCAGGAUUGUAGCUGAAUAGGAAUGGAAGUCAUAUGUUGUAUAUACUUCCUGAAUCUCUAUGCCCUACAGAAAACAUCCAAAUGACAAAAGAUUAGCUCAAUAGAUUGAGAAAUACCUAAUAUUUUUUUAAUAUGUUAUGAAUACAACUCUACAAAUUUUCCUUUCCUAUAGGUUAUUUUAUUAUGCUAGAACACUGCCCACACCCAAAUCUUGGCUGUCAAAACUUAAUUUUAAAAGAUUGCAUUGAAAAUUUGGUCACCUCUUU